UGGUUCAAGAAUAAUUUAUGCUAUUUUAUAUUUAUCAGUUUCAUCUUUAUCCUUGCAUUGUUGUACUGGUCAAGGUUGAUAUGGGUUCAAAAAGUAAUUAGUAAUAAGUAAUGCAAUUCUUCAGAGAAUAAUCUAAUUACACUGCUAAAGAUGUAAAUAGUAGCGAGUCAUUUAUUGCUUUCUAGAGUAACUUACCCAAUACUGACUAAUGUUAUUAGUUUUUAAUUUCAUUUACUUCCUUUUUUAUUCUUUCUUUCUUCCUUCCUUCCUUUCUUUCAUUCUUCUUUCAUUCUUCUUUCCUUCCUUCCGUCCGUCUUUCUGUCUUUCUUUCUUUCUUUCUUUCUUUUUUGAUUUUUUCCAAUCCUGAACUGUCUUGUCCUAUAACAUAUAAAUGUAGUUUACUUUUUUUUUUUCUCUCUCUUCUAAAUUUGCUUGGAGGUUUGGCAUUUUCCUUUGUGUGUAUAAAGAUUUGUUUAAUAUUUGCAAUUCAUUUAGUCGAAUACUUUCAUUGGUCUGAGCCCUCCUGUUGUAUAUCGAGAGGUGUGGUAAGACGUAUAAUAGAGUGAAGGUGAUCUUCAGCUGAGCGUGCAGGGAGGCUGCAUUGGGAGAUCAACUAUGGAUGUGGAGACUAUGAUCACAGCACUCCUUUUUUUGAGUCUCUUCGGAUUGAACUCCAGUUAUAGAACACACAUUUUUGUUGAUCAAAAAAAGAAUUGGAAAGAUGCACAGGAGUACUGCAGAAAACACUACGGUGACCUGUCUACUAUCACCAGUCAAGACAUACAAACCUUCUGUCAAAACUCAGAAAUCACUGAUGAUUUUUUCUAUUGCGGGCUUCAGAGAGAUAUUAACAACUCAGGGUGGAUGUGGUCUGAUGGCGCACCUGCAACAAUUGACGAAUGGGAUAACAAUCAAGGAUCUCAGCUGGGUGAAGACUGUGCGGCAAUAAGAAAAUACACUAAAAAACUGCAUGAUUAUGAUUGCAGUGGACAAUUAGAAUUUUAUUGUAUGAUGGACUUAGACCUGAUCCAGGAGAACAAGACCUGGGAUGAGGCUCUGGACUACUGCACAGAACGCAACACUAGCCUGGCUAGUAUAAACUCCAGUAGAAUUAUGGCUCUAGCGGUGACAAUGGCUAAAACAGCCCAGAUGGUUAACAUCUGGACUGGCUUACGCUUUCUGGUGGACCGUUGGUUCUGGGUGAAUGGAGGUGAUCUUGAAUACAAGGCCUGGUCUGACGAGAGAGAGGUGCAGUGUCCUGCCAUGAAUCAGCGCUGUGGAGCUCUGGAUAGAGACAGGAAGGUUUGGACCCCCAACAACUGUCAGGAGAGACUCAAUUUUUUGUGUUCCAAAAGACGCAGAUAAAUACAUUGUGUUAUUGGUCAUGUUAGAUGUGAACUGCAUGAAUAAGCAACUGGCAAAAUAUUGCAAGAAUAAACUUUACUUAGAAUUUAAAAAAAAAAAACACACACACACAUAUAAUGUUGUAAGAUCUUUUCAAUGUAUUUGAAUAGAGUAGUUGCGGUUUCCUCUUAUAUAAACACACUACACACACACAGAGAAACAUAAAAAUCAUAUACAUCACAAGUCUGUUAUUAUAUUACAGCAGAUGUUUAGUUUAUUUUGUUACUGAUUAAGGCACUUAAGAGCAUGAUAUGAGCUUGUAUUGUAUGCAGCCUGUUAUUCUACACCCUCUACAGGCAAUUAGGAGAAUGCAGCUUUUCUUUCGUCCUAUGGUUGCACUAUAAAAUGUCAAAGUGCAUUAAUUUCUAUGAAUGUAUCCUAAUCCAUGUAUUGUUAGAUAUUAUUCACUAUAUAUAAGAUUUAAUUAUUCAUGUAAGAUUAAUUUAUUGUUAACCAUGUUAUGCACUGCAAUAAUAAAACAUACUAAUCAUAUAAUAAAAACAUUUUUGUUAGGCUGGCACCGUCUAUACAUUAUCAUAUGCGUCUCUAUGUGAAUAAUCCUGAACAACAUGCUACUGUUGCUUUGUGCCUCAUCGAUAUGUAAACAAUACAUCUAUUUAUUUACUAAUGUUGCAUAAGAAUGAAUUAUUAAAGAAUAUUAUGAAAAUAUUUGUAUAUCAGUACGUUUCCACUGACUGUGAUUUUACGCCAUUUCAUUUCCUCAUUUUAAGUACAUUCUUUUUCAGUAAAUGGAACUCAAGAAAAGCAAAAUAUCUCCUGCAUGUGUGAUGUACAAAAUGUUUAACACUAAGCUAUUCGAGAAUGUGUCAUAUAAAGUAAGUUUAAAGC